AUGCGAUCACCCAAGGUCGUCGAGUUCGCGAAGAAUGGUAUCCAGACCGUGUUCAUCGAGUCGCACUGUACAGAUGAGCGCAUCAUCCAGGAGAACGUGCGUCGAGUGAAGAUCGGCUCUCCCGACUACAUUGGCUGGAAGGAUGAGGAUGCUGUGCAGGACUAUCUCGCUCGCAUCAACUCACGGAUACCGCACUUUGAGACCAUGGAGGAGCCCGACUUGCACUGGAUCAAGAUGAUCAACGCCGGCGAGCGAGUCGUCGUCAAUAAUUGUGCAUUCGGCUACUUGUCCCAACGAAUCGUCUUCUAUCUCCUGAACUUGCACAUCAAGUCAAGACAAACGUACUUUGCUCGCGCUGGAACCACUAGCGAAGAGGACUCGUACAAGGCGGAUGCCAACCUUUGUGACGAUGGCCGAGACUACGCAAAGAAAAUGAGCGAAGUACUGAUGAAGUAUCGCGAGGAAGAGAAGCAAAGGCUGGUUGAUCAAGGCGCGCCAGAUGCUGCCCUGAAGCCUCUGACCAUCUGGACUUCAACGCGAAGGCGCACAGUGCAAACGUCCGAGUACCUCGCAAAUAUGGGUUACCGCGUCAGACAACGAUCGCAAAUGAGCCAGAUGAACCCCGGUGUAUGCGAGAAGAUGUCGGAAGCGAAGAUCCGGCAAGAGUUCCCCGAAGAGGUCAAGAAGCACGAGGCUGAUCCGUACCACCACCGGUACCCAAGGGCUGAGUCAUACCAUGAUCUCGCAGUGCGUAUGGAGCCCAUCAUUCUUGAGCUUGAGCGUGAAGAGAAUGAUCUGCUCAUUAUCGCGCACGAGUCCGUGUUGCGUGUGCUUUAUGGGUAUUUGAUGGCAUGUAAUGCAGCCGACAUCCCGAAGCUCCAGUUCCCACGGGACGAGAUAAUAGAGGUUUGCACAUCUGCCUCCACGCUAAGAAGGCGCGUACUAACUGUGGACCAGAUCAUACCUUCAAGCUACAACAACGUCGCCAAGCGGAUUAAGAUUCCCGGCCUCCCCCAGAGCAUGGUGCCAGGAAGCCCAGAGGACAUUCAGAUCCCAGUACCCCCUAGUGGAGCAGUAAGUCCCAUGCCGGGAAUGGGAACUCCACAGACUGGUUCGGGCACAGCCACCCCACAGAACUCCUCACAGCCUCUUAAUUUGAGCAAGACGCAUAUUAACCCGUCUGCUUGA